AUGCCGAAGCCCUACCAGCUUGGGAACUUCAGGGGCGAAUUGAAGCCGAGGAAGGAGGUGCUAGGAAAGCCGCUGACGAGAGCGGAGAUUCGGGAGCUUCUGAAGCCUACUGUUUCGAACAAUCGACAGGUCAACCUUGGCAGGGAUGGUUUGACGCACAAUAUGUUGGAGUUGAUUCAUACGCAUUGGAAGCGACAGCCAGUUUGUAAAGUUCGGUGUCUGGGUGUUCCCACCGUCGAUAUGGAUAAUGUUUGCCGUUGCCUUGAGGAAAAGACUGGUGGAAAGAUUAUUCAUCGAGUUGGUGGUGUAGUUUAUCUUUUCCGAGGUAGAAACUAUGAUCAUCGCACUCGUCCACAGUACCCAGUGAUGCUCUGGAAACCUGCCACACCAGUUUACCCAAAGCUCAUCCAAGAAGCUCCAGAAGGCUUGACAAAGGCUGAAGCAGAUGAGCUACGGGAGAAAGGGGAAUCACUUUUACCUAUUUGUAAAUUAGUUCUCAAAUAUGGAAUGUCCAGCAACUGCAUAGAUGUGUAUCCCCAUGGUGAACUGGUUCCUUGUGUGCUUUUGUCUUUUGACAAUGAACAGAUAUUGAUGUGGAGGGGAAAAGAUUGGAAAUCUAUGUAUCCAGAAGCUCCAACUUCAAGUCUUGCUGAUGUUGGAAAUGGUUUCAAGGGUCCAGGAGGGAGCAAUGCCGAUUGCGACAAGUCAGACGCCAAAAUCGUAAAUGCAAGUCCUAAAAUGACAUCCCUGUGGAGACGAGCAAUUGAGACAAGCAAGGCCUUAUUGCUAGAAGAGAUCAAUCUUGGUCCGGAUGCACUUCUGAAGAAGGUAGAGGACUUUGAAGGCCUAUCGCAGGCAACGGAGCACUCUUAUCCAGCAGUUGUGUUGUCCAGCGAAGGUCUUUGCAAUAAAGAUCAAAGGGACCAAAGUGACAACGAUGAUGUUGGAGACGAUGAUGAGGAGGAGGAUGAACAUUAUCUUAGUCACUCGUUAGAAGAGGUGGAAGCAGCAAUCCCUUCGGGAUCGUUACCCGUGGAUUUGAUAGCAAAACUACAAAAUGAACAGUGA